AUGGGGACAGGCAGGGGGGCACAGAUACCACUGCGGAUAUCAAUGCUAGUGAUCGCCUUAACACACCUCAAAGUCCAAGCCCAAUAUGAAGAUUCGAAGUCCCAGUACAUGGACCAGCAACAACAAUAUGAGGACCAGCAAUCCCAGUACCAGCAUUAUGAUCAACAGUAUGAAGACUAUCUGUCUGUGCAGCCGACACAUGAUGCUCCUCCAAGCCCUGUGACCACCCUCUCUACACUGAGAACAACUCUGGCUGUCAAAGCUGGAAACCCUGCUCACAAUGGGAGAGUGUGUAGCACAUGGGGCAACUUCCACUUCAAGACCUUUGAUGGAGACAUCUACCAUUUCCCUGGACUCUGCAACUAUGUCUUUGCAUCCAACUGCAAAUCCACCUUUGAAGACUUCAACAUCCAGAUAAGGCGCUCUGAGAUUCAGAAUGCUACUGUUAUUGGUCAUGUGAUCAUGAAACUUGAUGGCUCGGUCAUUGAACUGACUCCAAACACCGUUGUUGUCAAUGGUGAACCUGAACAGUUGCCUUACAGCCAUUCAGGAAUGCUGAUUGAGAGAAGGUCAGGUUAUGUGUAUGUUGCUGCCAAGUUAGGCGUGCUGUUAAUGUGGAACCAAGAGGAUGCCCUUCUGCUGGAACUGAAUAAGAAAUACGCUAAUCAAACCUGUGGUCUUUGUGGAGACUUUAACGGAAUCCCAACAUACAAUGAAUUCAUUUCAAACAACAUCCAGCUGAAUCCUGUGCAAUUUGGAAACAUGCAAAAGAUGGAUGGACCCACAGAGCAAUGCCAAGAUCCUCUCCCUUCUUCCGCAAGCAAUUGCAGCCAUGAGUUUAGUACUAUCUGCCACACCAUAUUGACUGGCAAAGCAUUUAUGAGCUGCAACGCACUCGUUGACGUGCAAGAUUAUAUUGAUGCUUGCAUACAAGAUCUGUGCAACUGUGAUAAAUCUGUGAUGGAAGUCUGCAUUUGUGACACCUUUGCUGAAUACUCCAGGCAAUGUGCCCAUGCUGGUGGAGAGCCACUUGAAUGGAGAACUCCAAGUCUGUGUGCCAAGUCAUGUCCUUUCAACAUGCAGUACCAAGAAUGUGGAUCCCCCUGCUCUGAUACUUGUACCAAUUCUGAAAGGUCCCAGCUCUGCGAAGAACACUGUAUGGAUGGCUGCUUCUGUCCCCCAGGCACUCUGUUUGAUGACAUUAACAACUCUGGCUGCAUCCCAAAUAAGGACUGUUACUGUACUUAUAAUGGGGCUACUUAUGCCCCUGGAGCUUCUUAUUCAUCCCAGUGCACUUCAUGUGAAUGUAUUGGAGGCAAAUGGUCCUGUGUCAGCCUUUCCUGCCCUGGCAUGUGCUCCAUUGAAGGAGGCUCCCACAUCUCAACAUUUGAUGAGAAACAGUACUCCUUCUUUGGAGACUGUAGCUACGUCCUAACUAAGCUCUGUGAUAGCAAUCUCUUCACUGUCCUGGGAGAAAUUCGAAAGUGUGGCCUGACAGACAGUGAGACAUGCCUUAAAGGCAUAGCAAUCAGCAUAGGUGGAUCACAGACAGUAAUUGUGAUCAAGCCUACUGGGGUUGUGUAUGUGAAUAUGAUCCUCACCCAACUGCCCGUCUCAGUGUCCAACGCCACCAUCUUUAUGCCUUCAUCAUUCUUCAUCAUCAUCGACACAACUUUUGGGUUGCAGUUGGUGAUCCAGUUUGUACCUAUCAUGCAACUUUAUGUGCACUUGGACCCAGCCUACAAAGGGCAGGCAUGCGGUCUCUGUGGAAAUUUCAACAGCGCCCAAACAGACGACUUCACAGCCAUCAGCGGAGUGGUAGAAGGAACCGCAGCUGCUUUUGCCAAUACCUGGAAAACACAGGCAGAUUGCCCCAACAUCAAGAACAUAUUUGAGAACCCAUGUUCUCUCAGCAUAGAAAAUGAACAAUAUGCUUCCCAUUGGUGUGGACUGCUGACAGACAAAAAGGGGCCCUUUCAGAAGUGCCACUCUGUAGUCGAUCCAGCUGUUUACCACACGAACUGUAUGUUUGACACCUGUAACUGUGAAAGGAGUGAGGACUGCAUGUGUGCCGCCCUCUCUUCCUAUGUCAGAGCCUGCGCUACCAAAGGAGUGCUGCUGAAAGGGUGGAGGACCAAUAUCUGCACCAAAUACCAAAUAUGUCCCAAGACCCUGACCUACAGUUACAUCAUUGAUUCCUGCCAACCCACCUGCCGAGCUCUGAGUGAGCCAGAUGUCACUUGCAACAUUAAGUUUACCCCUGUGGAUGGCUGCACCUGUGAGGAAGGGAUGUACAUGGAUGAAAAUGGCAAAUGUGUACCUGCUCCCUCCUGCUCUUGUUACUACAAAGGGUCUCCCCUGCUACCUGGAGAAGUUGUUCAUGAAAAUGGCGCCCUAUGCACUUGCACAAAAGGAGAACUUCAGUGCAUUGGAGAAGUGAAGCCACAGCCAGUGUGCAAUGCCCCCAUGGUAUACUUUGACUGUGCCAAUGCCACAGUAGGUGCCACUGGAGCCGAAUGUCAGAAGAGCUGUCAAACACUUGACAUGGCAUGUUACAGCACACAGUGCGUUUCUGGUUGCAUGUGUCCUAAUGGACUGAUAUCCGAUGGGAAAGGUGGAUGUGUUAGUUCUGACAAAUGUCCUUGUGUUCACAAUGAAGCCACAUACAAUCCAGGGGAAACCAUCAAAGUGAAAUGUAACACUUGUACAUGUAAGAACAGGAAGUGGGAAUGUACCAAAGAAUCUUGCAUGGCAACUUGCUCAGUUUAUGGAGAUGGCCAUUAUAUCACCUUUGAUGGCAAACGCUAUAGCUUCAGUGGAGACUGCGAAUACACACUGGUCCAGGAUCACUGUAGCAAAAACAACACAAAUGCAGGAACAUUCAGAGUUAUCACAGAGAACAUCCCUUGCGGAACUACUGGGACUACCUGCUCAAAAUCCAUUAAAGUGUUCAUGGGGAAUUAUGAGCUAAUACUUACUGAUGGAAAAUUUGAAGUGAUUCAGAGGAUUUCUGGUGGAGGUGAAGUGCCUUUCAGGAUCCGAUAUAUGGGAAUCUACAUGGUGAUUGACUCCACAGCUGGAGUGGUUCUGAUGUGGGACAAGCAAACUAGUAUCUUCAUCAAAGUUAGCUCAGAAUUUAAGGGUCAGGUGUGCGGCCUGUGUGGAAACUAUGACAGCAAUGACAUUAACGACUUCACCACUAGGAGCCAGUCUGUAGUAACAGAUGUGCUGGAGUUUGGUAACAGCUGGAAGGUGUCUCCCACUUGCCCAGAUGUUCAAAGCAGCAAGGACCCUUGUAUUGCAAACCCAUAUAGAAGUUCUUGGGCCCAGAAACAGUGUAGCAUCCUUAACAGCAAAACGUUUGCACGCUGCCACUCUCAGGUUGAACCAACUAAAUAUUAUGAAGCUUGCAUAUCUGAUGCCUGUGCUUGUGACACUGGGGGAGACUGUGAAUGUUUCUGCACAGCUGUAGCUGCCUAUGCUCAAGCAUGCAAUGAAGUUGGCGUUUGCAUUCCUUGGAGAACUCCAACCAUUUGCCCUCUAUUCUGUGACUACUACAAUCCAAAAGGGGAGUGUGAGUGGCAGUACCAAGCUUGCGGUUCUGCUUGUUUGACAACCUGCAGAAAUCCACAUGGAAAUUGCUCACAUGACUUACAAGGCUUGGAAGGCUGCUAUCCGCAGUGUCCACCCAACAAGCCCUAUUUUGAUGAAGAUGACAUGGAGUGCGUCCCUCUUGAAAAGUGUGGCUGCUUUGAUAACAAAGGGAACCAUUAUAAGCCAGGAGAAAAAAUGCCUUCAGAAAGGAACUGUCAAUCAUGCCGUUGCUCAAUGGACAGCAAAACGACCUGUGUAUAUGAUGAAGAUGAAUGCCACUGCAUCUAUGAAGGGAAGAUAUUCAACCCUGGAGAAAGCAUCUACAACACAACAGAUGGCAUUGGAGGGUGCAUCGUUGCAAUCUGUAGUCGCAACGGAACAAUUGAGAGGAAUAUCUUUCCAUGUCAUACAUCCACAGCAGCUCCUGCUACAACCACUACCGUAUUUGCAUUUACUAAUACCACUUCAUCAGCAACCACCACUGCAGUGCCUAUAACAACAUCAGUUUGUGUCCAGGAAGAAUGUCAUUGGUCACAGUGGUACGAUGGGAGUCAACCUGGUUCUGGAAAUGAUGGUGGAGAUUUUGACACUCUUGAUAACCUAAGAGCUGAAGGUUAUAAAGUCUGCAAAGUUCCAAAGGCGGUUGAAUGCAGAGCAGAGAAAUUUCCCAAUACUCCAUUAAAUGAACUGGGCCAAAAAGUAGAAUGUAGUACAACCGGAGGACUAAAAUGUUACAACAAGGACCAGUAUCCAAUGAGUUGCCACAAUUAUCAAAUCAAAAUCCUGUGUUGUAGCUUCGUACCAUGCAGUUACACUACUGCAUCCACACCCAAAGUUACAACAUCUCCUGCAACUACAACAGUUUCAACACCAACCUCGACAUUGGCUACUACAGUUACAUCCAGAAGUACAGUUACAGAGACAACUAGCAUCUUAACUACAACCCCAAAAACUACUUCCUCAUCCACUGGAACAACUAUCAGAGCUACCACAUCUCCUACAACUGAAAUAACAAGUCCAACUACUUGCCAACCCACAUGCACAACAACUGUUUCAGCAACUCCCACACCCAUUACUACAACUUCAACAGCAACAUCUACAUCAAUGGUUACAACUAAACCAAAGACUACCACAAUAGGAAUUACAACUUCUUCAGUCCCAGAGUCAACAUUUACAACCUCUCCUUCGACUACUGAAUUUACAACCACAACUGCUGUACCCACAACUUCCACUACAACUCCAGAAAUUACAACAUUAACAACCUCUCCUUCGACUACUGAAUUUACAACGACAACUGCUGUACCCACAACUUCCACUACAACUCCAGAAACUACAACAUUAACAACCUCUCCUUCGACUACUGAAUUUAUAACCACAACUGCUGUACCCACAACUUCCACUACAACUCCAGAAACUACAACAUUAACAACCUCUCCUUCGACUACUGAAUUUAUAACCACAACUGCUGUACCCACAACUUCCACUACAACUCCAGAAAUUACAACAUUAACAACCUCUCCUUCGACUACUGAAUUUACAACCGCAACUGCUGUACCUACAACUUUCACUACAACUCCAGAAACUACAACAUCUGAACAUAUAGAAACUACAACACUUUUACCAACAUCCACAGCAACAAGUAAAAUCUGCACACAGGAAGUCUGUGAAUGGUCCCAAUGGUAUGAUGUAAGUUACCCGGGAUCUGCACCUAAUGAUGGAGAUUUUGAGACAUUUAAGAAUAUAAGAGCCAAAGGAUAUAGUGUUUGUAAGGCACCAAAGAACAUUGAAUGCAGAGCAGAAAGAUUUCCUAAUACACCACUAAACGAAUUAGAUCAAAAUGUUAUAUGUAGUAAAACACAAGGACUCAUAUGUUAUAACAAAAAUCAACUUCCACCCAUUUGCUAUAAUUAUAUGAUUAGAAUUGAAUGCUGCAAUGACAUAAUAGUGCCAUGCCCAACAACCAUGCCAGUAACAACUACAGAACAUAAAAUUUCAACCUCAAAAAUAACUACUAUGACUGCAACUACAAGAGCACCAACAAAAAGCACACUAGUAACUACGACAACAGGAAAAACUAUUGUUACACUACUACGGACAACUCAACAGCCAUCUACAGCACCACUACAAUAUACAACAGCAAUUACUAGCACUAAACCUCCAAAAACAACAAUAGCCGCGAUCACACCCAAAGAGGUGACGACUGUCACCCAAACCACCACAACAGAGACACCCGCAAUCACCACCAAAACUCCCAUAGUAAGUUCAACAACUUUGCCCACUACUACACAUUUGCCAACUACUACAACUACAAGUACAACCACACCAACGACUGUAACCCAAACCACCACAACAGAGACACCCGCAAUCACCACCGAAACUCCCAUAGUAAGUUCAACAACUUUGCCCACUACUACACAUUUGCCAACUACUACAACUACAAGUACAACCACACCAACAACGACUGUAACACAAACCACCACAACAGAGACACCUGCAACCACCACUGAAACUCCCAUAGUCAGUUCAACAACUUUGCCCACUACUACACAUUUGCCUUCCACUACAACUACAAGUACAACCACACCAACACCAACAACGACUGUAACCCUAACCACCACAACAGAGACACCCGCAACCACCACCGAAACUCCCAUAGUCAGUUCAACAACUUUGCCCACUACUACGCAUUUGCCAUCCACUACAACGACAAGGACAACCACACCCACACCAACAACGUGUGCACCCAUCACCUGCCAGUGGUCACAAUGGUUUGACAUUGACUUCCCCACUUCUGGACCUAAAGGAGGAGAUAUUGAAACCUACAAUAACAUCCGAGCUGCAGGAGGCAAACUCUGUGGGAAGCCUUCAAAGAUCCAGUGUAGGGCUGCAAGUCACCCUGAGCUAAACAUUGACCAAGUGGGUCAGGUUGUCAAGUGCGAUGUGGAAUCGGGACUGGUGUGUCAGAAUAAGGAUCAAACUGGAAAAUCCCAGCUGUGUUACAAUUAUGAGAUACGGGUGUUGUGCUGUAAAGAAAACCCAGACUGUGUAACCACACCCAUCCCAACCACCACCACUAAGACUCCUGCAACCACCACCGAAACUCCAUUAGUAAGUUCAACAACUUUGCCUACAACUACGCAUUUGCCAUCCACUACAACUACAAGUACAACCACACCAACACCAACAACGACUGUAACCCUAACCACCACAACAGAGACACCCGCAACCACCACCGAAACUCCCAUAGUCAGUUCAACAAGUUUGCCCACUACUACGCAUUUGCCAUCCACUACAACGACAAGGACAACCACACCCACACCAACAACGUGUGCACCCAUCACCUGCCAGUGGUCACAAUGGUUUGACAUUGACUUCCCCACUUCUGGACCUAAAGGAGGAGAUAUUGAAACCUACAAUAACAUCCGAGCUGCAGGAGGCAAACUCUGUGGGAAGCCUUCAAAGAUCCAGUGUAGGGCUGCAAGUCACCCUGAGCUAAACAUUGACCAAGUGGGUCAGGUUGUCAAGUGCGAUGUGGAAUCGGGACUGGUGUGUCAGAAUAAGGAUCAAACUGGAAAAUCCCAGCUGUGUUACAAUUAUGAGAUACGGGUGUUGUGCUGUAAAGAAAACCCAGACUGUCUAACCACACCCAUCCCAACCACCACCACUAGUAAACCCAGCACUACUGUUCCCACUUCUCCUCUAAUCACAACUACGAUCACACCCAAAGAGGUGACGACUGUAACCCAAACCACAACAACAGAGACUCCUGCAACCACCACCGAAACUCCAAUAGUAAGUUCAACAACUUUGCCCACUACUACACAUUUGCCUUCCACUACAACUACAAGUACAACCACACCAACACCAACAACGACUGUAACCCUAACCACCACAACAGAGACACCCGCAACCACCACCGAAACUCCCAUAGUCAGUUCAACAACUUUGCCCGCUACUACACAUUUGCCAUCCACUACAACUACAACCAUGCCGACAACGACUGUAACCCUAACCACCACAACAGAGACACCCGCAACCACCACCGAAACUCCCAUAGUCAGUUCAACAACUUUGCCCGCUACUACACAUUUGCCAUCCACUACAACUACAACUACAACCAUGCCGACAACGACUGUAACCCUAACCACCACAACAGAGACACCCGCAACCACCACCGAAACUCCCAUAGUCAGUUCAACAACUUUGCCCACUACUACGCAUUUGCCAUCCACUACAACGACAAGGACAACCACACCCACACCAACAACGUGUGCACCCAUCACCUGCCAGUGGUCACAAUGGUUUGACAUUGACUUCCCCACUUCUGGACCUAAAGGAGGAGAUAUUGAAACCUACAAUAACAUCCGAGCUGCAGGAGGCAAACUCUGUGGGAAGCCUUCAAAGAUCCAGUGUAGGGCUGCAAGUCACCCUGAGCUAAACAUUGACCAAGUGGGUCAGGUUGUCAAGUGCGAUGUGGAAUCGGGACUGGUGUGUCAGAAUAAGGAUCAAACUGGAAAAUCCCAGCUGUGUUACAAUUAUGAGAUACGGGUGUUGUGCUGUAAAGAAAACCCAGACUGUGUAACCACACCCAUCCCAACCACCACCACUAAGACUCCUGCAACCACCACCGAAACUCCAUUAGUAAGUUCAACAACUUUGCCUACUACUACACAUUUGCCAACUACUACAACUACAAGUACAACCACACCAACACCAACAACGACUGUAACCCUAACCACCACAACAGAGACACCUGCAACCACCACCGAAACUCCCAUAGUCAGUUCAACAACUUUGCCCACUACUACGCAUUUGCCAUCCACUACAACGACAAGGACAACCACACCCACACCAACAACGUGUGCACCCAUCACCUGCCAGUGGUCACAAUGGUUUGACAUUGACUUCCCCACUUCUGGACCUAAAGGAGGAGAUAUUGAAACCUACAAUAACAUCCGAGCUGCAGGAGGCAAACUCUGUGGGAAGCCUUCAAAGAUCCAGUGUAGGGCUGCAAGUCACCCUGAGCUAAACAUUGACCAAGUGGGUCAGGUUGUCAAGUGCGAUGUGGAAUCGGGACUGGUGUGUCAGAAUAAGGAUCAAACUGGAAAAUCCCAGCUGUGUUACAAUUAUGAGAUACGGGUGUUGUGCUGUAAAGAAAACCCAGACUGUGUAACCACACCCAUCCCAACCACCACCACUAAGACUCCUGCAACCACCACCGAAACUCCAAUAGUAAGUUCAACAACUUUGCCCACUACUACACAUUUGCCUUCCACUACAACUACAAGUACAACCACACCAACACCAACAACGACUGUAACCCUAACCACCACAACAGAGACACCCGCAACCACCACCGAAACUCCCAUAACACCCGCAACCACCACCGAAACUCCCAUAGUCAGUUCAACAACUUUGCCCACUACUACGCAUUUGCCAUCCACUACAACGACAAGGACAACCACACCCACACCAACAACGUGUGCACCCAUCACCUGCCAGUGGUCACAAUGGUUUGACAUUGACUUCCCCACUUCUGGACCUAAAGGAGGAGAUAUUGAAACCUACAAUAACAUCCGAGCUGCAGGAGGCAAACUCUGUGGGAAGCCUUCAAAGAUCCAGUGUAGGGCUGCAAGUCACCCUGAGCUAAACAUUGACCAAGUGGGUCAGGUUGUCAAGUGCGAUGUGGAAUCGGGACUGGUGUGUCAGAAUAAGGAUCAAACUGGAAAAUCCCAGCUGUGUUACAAUUAUGAGAUACGGGUGUUGUGCUGUAAAGAAAACCCAGACUGUGUAACCACACCCAUCCCAACCACCACCACUAAGACACCCGCAACCACCACCGAAACUCCAAUAGUAAGUUCAACAACUUUGCCUACUACUACACAUUUGCCAACUACUACAAGUACAACCACACCAACACCAACAACGACUGUAACCCUAACCACCACAACAGAGACACCCGCAACCACCACCGAAACUCCCAUAGUCAGUUCAACAACUUUGCCCACUACUACGCAUUUGCCAUCCACUACAACGACAAGGACAACCACACCCACACCAACAACGUGUGCACCCAUCACCUGCCAGUGGUCACAAUGGUUUGACAUUGACUUCCCCACUUCUGGACCUAAAGGAGGAGAUAUUGAAACCUACAAUAACAUCCGAGCUGCAGGAGGCAAACUCUGUGGGAAGCCUUCAAAGAUCCAGUGUAGGGCUGCAAGUCACCCUGAGCUAAACAUUGACCAAGUGGGUCAGGUUGUCAAGUGUGAUGUGGAAUCGGGACUGGUGUGUCAGAAUAAGGAUCAACCUGGAAAAUCCCAGCUGUGUUACAAUUAUGAGAUACGGGUGUUGUGCUGUAAAGAAAACCCAGACUGUGUAACCACACCCAUCCCAGCCACCACCACUAGUAAACCCACCAUCACAGUUCCAGUAACUACCACUUCAAGUAGUACAGCUUCACCUACAACCACACAAACAACAUCCCCGUUUUCCUUGGGAAGCAGCACAACUCGUUGUUUCUGCCAAAUUGGAGGAACUAUUUAUGAACCGGGUCAAACAAUUUACAACAAAACAGACAGUGAGGGCUGCCCUUUCUCGGCCAUUUGCGGUAUAACGUGUUCUGUUGAAAGAUCGACUGGGCCAUGCAGAUUAACAACACCAAAACCGCCUUCAUCUCCAUCUGCUGUAACUACAACUCCCACUCCCACCACAGUUGGCACAACUCCAAUACGUGGCUGUCCUGAGGCUAACCCACCAAGGAAGGUUGGAGAGACGUGGAUAACUAACUGCAUCAAAGAAACAUGUGAGGGUGAUAACAAAAUUGUUGUAAGCCAAGUGAAGUGUCCACCAGUAAAGCAACUUGUUUGUCAAAAUGGGUACCCACCAAUAAAAGUGUACAGUGAAGAUGGCUGUUGCUACCAUUAUGAAUGUGAAUGUGUUUGUAGUGGCUGGGGUGAUCCUCACUAUAUCACAUUUGAUGGAACCUACUACACCUUCCUGGACAACUGUACUUACGUGUUGGUGCAGCAGAUAAAAGCUAAAUAUGACAACUUCAGAGUUCUUAUUGAUAAUUACUUCUGUGAUUCAGAAGAUAAACUUUCCUGUCCUCAAUCCAUUAUUACUUACUACAACUCUUCAGAAAUAGUGCUAACCCGCCAGCGCUUUAAUGGAGUAGAAGCUAACAAGAUCUACUUCAAUGGUAAGAUUGUCAACCCAGGUUUCCAGAAAAACGGAAUUCACAUCUCCAUGAUUGGCAUCAAUAUGGUGAUCACGAUUCCUGCGAUUGACGCUACCAUCACCUUCAGUGGUUUGAUCUUCUCAAUUAAGCUUCCAUAUAGCAAAUUUGGCAACAAUACUGAAGGACAAUGUGGUACCUGCACAAAUAAUAGAACAGAUGACUGCCGCUUACCAAAUGGCAAGAUAACUAGUUGUUCCCAGAUGGCCCCUGCUUGGAUGGUUCCUGAUGACAAGAAAGACUACUGCUUAGGAGGACCAACUAUUUCACCAACUGGUCUACCUGGUACAACCACACCAGGACCAGAACUCUGCAAAGCUACCCCUCUUUGCAAGAUGAUUACAAGCCACAUCUUCUCUGCAUGCCAUGAAGUCGUCCCCCCAGGACCCUACUACCAAGGUUGUGUGUUUGAUUCUUGCCACGUGAAAAAUACCUCCCUGCAGUGUUCUGCAUUGGAGGCGUACACGGCUCUCUGUGCUUCGAAAGGCAUUUGUAUCGACUGGAGAUCACAGACCAAUGACUCAUGCCCAUACAACUGUCCUACAAACCUAGUAUAUGACCCAUGUGGCCCUCUCAACCCUGCCACGUGUGAUCAGAGUGCUAUUCCGCUUAAUAGCAGUGGAAUAACUGAAGGAUGCUUCUGUCCUAAUGGAACUAAGCUCUACAACACCUACAGGGAUAUCUGUGUCUCUGAGUGUGGUUGCACAGGGCCAGAUGGGCUGCCCAAAUCAGCUGGAGAAACCUGGACCAGCGAUUGCCAGGAGUGUACUUGUGAGAAAUAUUCCCUUACAGUGAAAUGUAGACCAAAACCAUGCCAUGCGUCACCUACCCCAGUGCAAUGUCCAUUUGAAGGAUUUGUACCUGUCUCAGUAAUAACACCUGAAGACAAAUGCUGUCCUCAACAAAAAUGCGUGUGCAACACUACUUACUGCCCCAAGUCCAUCGAGUCCUGCCCAGUAGGAUAUAAAUCAAUACAACAAAACCUGCCAGGAGGUUGCUGUAUAAACACCACUUGUGUGAAACAACCAGGCUGUGUUGUCAAUGAGACCCUCUACAAACCUGGAGCUGUCGUUCCAGGAGGCCUCUGUGAAUCAUGCAGUUGCUCUGAUGAAAAAGAUCCAGAAAGCAAAUCAGACACAGUGGUAUGUGUAUCACAAGUAUGUGACACACAUUGUCCAGCGGGCCAUGAAUACAAAGAAAAAACUGGACAAUGCUGUGGUCAAUGUGUCCCAGUAGCUUGCGUUCUGAAAUUAGGCCCCAAGGAUUUCCAAGUUAUCAAGCAAGGACAAACCUGGAACCCCCCAGGCGACAACUGUACCUCCUAUGAAUGUGAGCGUGUUGAAGACCAGUAUGUUCUUGUCACUAUCAAGAUAACCUGCCCUGAUUUUAACACAACUGAAUGUAUAUCUAAGGGUGGCGAAGUGGCUGUUGAUGGCUGCUGCAAGAAAUGCCAACUUCGAGAAAUAAAACCCCCAUGUGAACCAGUAGGCAUCUCAAAAGUUGUCAAAUACAGUGGCUGUGAAGCUUCUACACCUAUUGAGUUAACGUAUUGUCAAGGCCAAUGUGGCAGCUAUUCAAAAUAUUCUUUUGAGGGUAAUGCAAUAGAUUACAACUGCUCAUGCUGUCAGGAAAGCAAGACUAGCAAGAGGCAAGUGGUCCUGUCGUGCCCUGAUGGCUCCACCAUAGAUUAUACUUACAUCUACGUUGACGAGUGUGUUUGUGUGAGCAGCCAAUGUGGUCUCCAGGCCACGCCUGCACCAACACAGGAACAGCAGCAGCAGCAGCAGCAACAGCAAGAAGUACCACCACAAAAGGAACAACAGCAGCAAGGAGAGAUAUAA